GGAGAGUCGGGUGGCUUCCCCGAGGUUAAAAAAGCGUCGGUCUAGGCGAGUGGCUCUUAGAUAGAGAACCGUGGUUUGUACCUCAGGGUCAUGAGCCUGCCUUGCGCUUAUGCGCAGGCGCGGUGGAGUGGAAGUUCGAAAGCUGCUUGUCGAGAGGCGCCGACUGAGGCGCGCAGAAACCAUAAAUGUGAGGUUCUUAUGAUGGCUAAAAUGGAUCAGUACAAAGUUAAUCUGUGGGUGAAGAUGGAACCUUUCAUAGUGGGAGCUUUGCAAAUCCCGCCUCCAUCCAAGUUUAGUCUGCAUUAUCUGCGAAAGAUGUCCACUUAUGUCCGGAUGCAUUUUAGUGAGGGCUAUUAUCCUUACCUUUUCUGGCCUAUGUGGCGACACAUUGCCUGUGGGAAGCUACAGUUAGAGAAGGACUUGGCUUGGCUAUAUUUUGAACUGUUUGACAGUCUUGUUGAACGGACUGCAGAGGAGCGACUGGAAUGGGCAGAGGUGAUGUCGAGCUGUGCAACUGAGGAGGAAGCAGAGAAGCAACGGAACAAGUUAUCUGUGGACACUCUGCAGUUCCUGCUUUUCCUCUAUAUACAGCAACUAAACAAAGUUUCCUUAAGGACAUCUCUAAUUGGAGAAGAGUGGCCAAAUAUUAAAUCCAAGUCUUAUGGCCUGACUGGAGAAUCCACCAAUCAAAUUAAGAACUGGAAUGACAACUACCAUCAAGCCUUCAUCCAGAAUCACCUUCAGGAUCUUCUAGAACUCUUACUAGAUCCAGACCAGCUCUCUGCCUCCUCUCAUUCCACCCACAAUAGCCUGGUAACUCCUGAAGCUAUUCGAGCUCUCAGCUUUCUGAUUGAAGGGUCUGUGAACAACAACAGGACUGUCCAUCCUUUGCAUGAGCUUGCAUUCUGGCAGCCAUUGCAUGCAAGCAAUGGUUUCUCAAAGAUUUCCAAAGCUUUUUCUUUCCCCAAGCUGGAAUCCUGGUUGAGGGCUUGCCUGACUGGGAACCCAUUUGGAACAUCAGCUUGCCUCAAGUCUGGGAAGAAGCUUGCAUGGGCACAGCAAGUUGAAGGAGCAACCAAGCGAGCUAAGAUAGCCUGCAAUACUCACAUAGUCCCUUCAGCACACCGCAUGGUUGUGAUGAGCCAAGUCUACAAGCAAACACUUGCAAAGAGCUCAGAUACUUUAGAAGACAGCCAUGUAAAAAUUCAUCGCUGCUGUGAGUCCUUCAUUUAUUUGCUGUCUCCACUGAGAUCUGUGAGCAUAGAGAAGUGCAGGAACAGUACCUUUGUCCUAGGCCCAGUGCAGACGGUCGUUCAUCUCCAUAGCUGUGACAAUGUCAAAGUGAUUGCUGUCUGCCGCCGUCUGUCUCUGUCAUCCACCACCAGUUGUACUUUGCACAUUCUCACUCCAACUAGACCACUCAUCCUACUAGGCAACCAAGCCAUAACGUUUGCUCCCUUCAACACCCACUAUCCAAUGCUUGAGGACCAUAUGGGCAGAACCGGCUUGGCUACACUGCCUAACUACUGGGACAAUCCAAUGUUGGUGUGCAAAGAUAACUGUGACUGGAAGGUCUUCAGAUUCCUCUUACCUGCAGAGUUUUACCCCUUUGUUGUUCCAUUUGAAAUGGAAGGUGACACAACUGAAAUACCUGGUGAGCUGCCACCUGCAUACCAGAAGGCACUGAGCCAACGAGAACAGAGGAUACAGGUCUGGCAGAAGACUGUGAAGGAGGCAGGGCUGACCAAGGAUCAGAGGAAGAGAUUCCAGGUAUUGGUGGAGAACAAAUUCUAUGAAUGGCUAGUCCACACAGGCAGUCGUCAGCAACUUGACAGUCUGGUGCUUCCUGCUGCAGGUUCCAAGCAGGCAGCAGGAUAGCAGAACUCUUAAAACAGCAUAAUGCUUUGUUCUGGUGAUCCAGCAUGCCAAGCUGAAGGAGUUUUCCCUUCAAUUGACUGGGGCCAAGAUGAUCAAAAGCUCUUCUGGCAGUGGUAAUGAAUUUGGCUGGUGUCAUUGUCAAGAAGAUGGACUUUCUCCUUCCAUUCGAGCUGUCAUGGCAUCAUCCCUUGCCUGAGCUUUUCUCAGAAAGCCAGAAUUAGUCAGGGCCUUGGGUCUCUUCAGUUGAAAUGGCUGAGAACAAUAUUUAAAUUUGCAGCUUGUGUAUAGGUGCCUGGCAAAGAAGUCACUUGUUAGGAAAAGAAGAGCUAGGUACCAGCUGCUGAGUGAACCUUUCCCUCCUGUUAACUGAACACUGAUCUUUGUAUAAAACUCUCUAGAUGUAUUUUUAUACCAGUUGUUUAGCACUAACUACAAGGUUUAAUUAAAUGGGUAUGGUUUUUUGUGUCAUA